AUGCAACACAAGGAGGAAUGCUGGAGGGUGAAUGAUAUGAUUAUGGCCAGCGCCAAGGUCAAGGAGCAUGGACCUAAGCUUGAACCUGAUGGAGUUAAGGACUUAGAGCUUGAACCAGUGGAGCAGCUUGAACGUGAGGGAAGAAAGCUAGUAGCUGAGGAUGAGCUUGAACCGGAGCUUGUAGCUGAGGAAGCUUUAGCUGCACCAAUGGAAUUGGUUACUCAUUACAGAGUUAAUCUUGAGCUAAAAUGGAGACAACCUGAUCCUAAACCUCCCUGGUUUUUGAUCCAAGCUCAAGAGAUCAGCAAAUGGGCAUGUGUCUCAUUUGUACCCUUUUUCCCUUGUCAAGUUUUGUCCCAAUGGGUUUUCUUGACAAGGUCAUUAAACCAGCAGCUGAAUCAGAGCUCAAUCAAACCGGAUGCAAGACUUCAACAAGACCCGAAAGGACAUGUGUUCACUGUUCGAUGCGUAUCUUCUCAACCACGACGAAUCAACAAACGAAAUUACUUCGAGAUUGUACUCAGCUCGAUUCCAGAACACCUCAAAGAAUAA